AUUGACUAAUCAUGAACUACGAUUGCCACGGAAUGAGAAGAAUAUCAGUGGUUGGGAUGGCGAAUGUCCCUCUGAGGAUGCACGUAGAGGGACAUAACGUCUCGGCGUCGAAUGGAGUAUAUUGUCUCCGUGGUUGGACGGGAUGUGACUUCUUCCAGUCACAGCCACUAUAUCAGAGUGAAGCGGACGCUGCCAUGUGGAUAUGGUGGGACUCGAAGCAAUGUCUCUUUGUAAAUGGAAAUACAGAUGGGCGAUACGGCAGCGAAGGUUUCUCUACCGCCAGGACCCUCGAGGGAAACUGGACGUCAGGCUGCGUCACGCAUGUAGGUAAUGCGUUCGUCAGGUUUGGGAGUCCUAUCCCUCUUCCUCCAUGGGUCAGGGUCAGCGGAAUGAGUGACACAUACUGUAAUGGCUGGUAUUGUCUAGAUGAAACACACCAGGGGAAACCACUCUACCACAAGGCGGGUGAACCAAAGAGAUGCAUCUGGUACAACGUGAAGGAUGGGUUCAUAUGCGGUCACCCAGAUAAUUGCCACAGCCGUGUUGGACACUCGUCGUCAGCGAACCUUUUAGGAAAAUGGCGUGAAGGUCAGGUCGAGAUCGUUUAGCACGUGGCAAGAACGUAGCCAACAUACCUCUGCAACAUAUACAAGGUGUAAACGUUCUAAAAGUCCUAGGAUAGAAUGUCCAGGGAACUUUUUCACUGGUAGAAACAUUCCCACCCGAGGUGGAAACUACGUACACAGAUAUCUGUCCAACAACGAUCUACGAUGCAACGAGCUCCGGAUGCCAUUCGAGGUGACUGGGAGAGGACCACUCCGUUCACACCAGACACUGACAGCCGAAGCAUGGGCUGAGAGAUGGAAUGACUUUUUUUCGCUCACAUUUUCAUUCCUUCAUUUUUUGCUUCAUUGUGCAAGAGAUUGUCAGACGGCUGAUAAAUAAAUUGAAUUUCAUAGAUUA